UUUUCACGUUUUGUGACGUGUGUAUUUUUCCAACGUGACUGGGGUUAUAGUUCAGUAAACACUGAUGAUGUCAUCAUCUGAAGAUGGCUGAAUCAGGAGAAGGCUGGUGGGGAGCAGGCUGGCUUCAACAAAGCUUCCAGGCCGUCAAAGACAAGUCAUCCGAGGCCUUAGAUUUUAUAAAACGAGACUUGACUGAGUUCUCCACUGUGAUGCAGCAUGACACUGCUUGUUCAAUUGUGGCCACAGCCACUGCUGUCAAAAACAAACUUGCGGUUGAAGGCUCAUCAGAGACCACAGAAAAGAUGAAGAAGAGCCUCUCUAGUUUCCUAGGAGUCAUAACAGACACACUCGCUCCACCCCCUGAUAAAACCAUCGACUGCGAUGUUAUCACAUUGGUGGCAACACCAGCAGGAACGACAGAAAUCUAUGACAGUUUAAAGGCACGUCUCUACAGUCUGCAGGCUGACCCCGCCACAUACUGCAAUGAGCCUGAUGGCCCCCCAGAGCUGUUUGACAACUGGCUGUCAACCUUCAGUAUGGAGGAAAAGAAAGGAGAUAUCUCAGAGCUUUUGGUCAGCAGUCCCUCAAUACGAGCGCUUUACACCAAAAUGGUACCGGCAGCAGUGGCCCAUUCAGAGUUCUGGUACAGAUACUUCUACAAAGUAUUCCAGCUGGAGCAGGACGAGGCACGGCGAUUGGCGCUGAAGCAGAGGGCAGAACAAACUUCCCACACUGAGACCCUCGGCUGGGAGGAGGAGGAUGACUUUCUCGGCACCACAUCAUCAUCAUCUCAUCUUAAUUUCCCGCCCCCAUCGGAAAACAGCUUCACCCCGGCCUAUGUAGAAACCACACACCUGAAUCCGGUCACGUCUCCCAGUGAAGAGCGCGACACCACCCCCUCCAUUAGCAGCGACAGUGUGAGCCUGCCAACGCAGCUGGAGGUGCGGCCAGAGCCCGUUGUAACUAAGCUGGCAAAGAAUCUGGCAGAGGUCACUAUAGAUGAUGGAGACAAGACGCAACAGAAACAAAAGCCUGCACAGAAUGUCUCGGCUCCUGAUGGCCAAGUGGAGGCUGGCACCCUGCCGCAGGUGAUUGUUGACGAGGGUUCGGCAAGGAUCCCUAAAGUAGAGGUUGUACAGGAAGAGGGUCCUCAAGACUUGAGGGUGUUUGAGCUCAACUCUGACAGCGGGAAGUCAACGUCUUCUAAGAACGGCUUGAAAGGCUCCAGCACUGAUGUGAGCGAGGACUGGGAGAAAGACUUUGAUUUGGAUAUGACAGAAGAGGAAGUGCAACUGGCACUCUCCAAAAUUGAAGCAUCUGGAGAGUUGGAAGAAGACUGGGAGAACUGGGAAUGAGCUCCAACCACGAUCCCCCGCCACCCAAAGCUCGUUCUCGUCCGAUGAACCACGCUUAACAUGUUGAGUCCACACAGUCACCUUAUCACCAUUUGCAGUUAGGGAGAUGUCCCAUCGAGUUUGGACCAGUUUCGGCAAACCUGUUGCUAAGGGUGACAGGAAGAGAAAGGCAAUACACAUAAGACCUUCCAGGCUGUCGGUUUAGUGCAGACACGCCUCAAAGUGAGAAAAUGGAAUGGGCCCUGGCUAUUUUUCAGAGUAAUUUCAGACUAAGAGUUCUGAUUGAGGUUGUAGUCAAGAGGAGGUCUAUGAAAUGAUCAUAUGCUGUACUGUAUGUUCUUGCAAGAUCCAAUAUAGUUGUACCAAAUGAGUGUUGCUGAUACUAUAGCAGCGAGAGCAAUUCUUUUUAGGUAACUUCUGCCCACCUUCUUUACUUAUUCAAGCAAAAAGGCCUCAGAGUUUUUUGUUUUUUUGUAGUUUAACUUGCAGCACAAAUCAUUUUAGUUUCUCGGGUGGUUUGUGGGGGAGAAGAACAGCUGGGCAAAGCAACGGGCACAAGCCCCACGCUAUGAUCUAUCAUGUAUUGGAGAAGAAUACAUCUAAAUAUAUAAUAUUUAUUCAAAAUGACUAUUAUUAUUAUCAUCUUUGGAUUGCAUGUCUGCAAUAACGUUAUGGAAAACAUUUUUGUUCCGUCAAGAGUUUUUAGAUUCUGUGGCAUGUCUAAUCGACCGUGUACGUCUCAGAUUACACUAAGGUUUCUGUACAAUUUCCAGUACUAAGCUGUCACAAUAUUUUGAGGUUGCUUUCAAUAAGUUUGUCAAAUGAACAUUGCCAAUAAACUCUACAUGACAUA